GAAGCGCCUUUUUCUCAUUCCACUCAACUCCACUUAACCACCCCCCUCUCUUGAUUUUAUUCCUGCAACAAUGUCCAUUGCUCUCACUUCUUUGAGAAGCGCUGCCGUCCGUGCUCGCUGGGCCCCUGCUGUCGCUGCCGUGAGUUUCCUCAUUUCAAAUUAUUCGCUGUGUUUUCUGGAUUUGCUGAAUUUACGCCCUAACAAUUAUAAUAAACAAUAGCCCAUGAACCGCCUCUUGAACACCAGCGCCACCAACAGCAUGGCUACUCCUACUGAAGGUGCCCCUACCAAGAAGCAGCCUUUGAUGAAGACGUUUGAAAUCUACCGCUGGAGCCCUGAGAAUCCCACCGAAAAGCCUCGUCUCGAAAAGUAUGAGAUCGAUUUGAACUCGUGUGGACCUAUGGUUUUGGACGCCUUGAUCAAGAUUAAGAACGAGCAGGACGCCACGUUGACCUUCCGCCGUUCGUGCCGUGAAGGUAUUUGCGGUUCGUGCGCCAUGAACAUUCAAGGUGGCAACACGUUGGCUUGUAUCUCCAAGAUUGACCGUGACGUUAGCAAGCCCGCCAAGAUCUACCCCUUGCCUCACAUGUACAUUGUCAAGGAUUUGGUCCCUGAUCUGACCCACUUCUACAAGCAGUACAAGAGCAUCGAGCCCUACUUGAAGCAGACCAACCCACCCACCGACGGUCUCGAGAACUUGCAAACAAUUGAGGACAGAAAGAAGUUGGAUGGUUUGUACGAGUGCAUUCUCUGCGCAUGCUGCUCGACCUCGUGCCCCUCGUACUGGUGGAACCAGGAGGAGUACUUGGGUCCUGCCGUCUUGAUGCAGGCCUACCGCUGGAUGAUCGAUUCGCGUGACCAGUUUGGUCCUCAGCGUCGUGAGCGUUUGCAGAACAGCAUGUCUGUGUACCGAUGCCAUACCAUUAUGAACUGCAGUAAGACCUGCCCCAAGGGCUUGCAGCCUGGUGCCGCCAUUGCCAAGAUCAAGUACCAGAUGGCAUUGGAGUAAACCCUGUUGUUGCUGUUUUUCUGAAUUCUGCUGCUGUCGGUAUAGAAAGAAGAAAGCACUCGCUAAUAAUAAAAUAAAAAAAAAGCACAAACUGUUUUUGUUCCU